CAGCUUCGCUCAGCUAUUGGCUGAAUUCACGCCCGAGAAUUUGAAAAUCGGUGCUCGCCUUCACACAGAAGGGACCAGCUGCUCGGGGAGAGGAAGAAAGACAAAGAUUAGGACGUAAUCUGUUUAAAAACAAAGGAAGUCGCAGCCAUGUUAUCCGGGGAUGACGGUGCCGAGCUGCAGUGCUGUGUGACGGUGGAGCAGUUGAACCUCUCCGGUCAGGCCACCCGGAGGCAGGUCAUCCGUAAAGCCUCUGUGAUCCUGGGCCGGAAUGAGUUCCAGGAGAUCAUCCUCCGGGUCAGCGACGGGAAAGUCCCUCAAAACUACCCCCUUAAAGACUUCAAACUUUUCACCAAGUUCGCCAGAGACGGGAAGUGCACCAUCAAACUGCUCCCUGAGAACAUCCAACUGCUCAUCUCCAACUGCCCCUCUGACCGGCUGCACCUCUUCCUCAAAACCCUGAGCAUCAAACACCAGGCCCGGCUGAGCUGCAAGCCUCUGAGCGGCAGAGAGAAGCUCAAAGCCGGCCUGCCCCGCAGCUUCGAGGCCAUCAGCCCCCUGCAGCAAAAGGAUAUCCAGAAAGUCAAUGAGCUGAGGAGUAAAGAGGCGCCUAAAGGCCUGGCAGACCGCACCAAUAAGACUGUGGCAGGGACAGGACAGCAGGUCAAAAGGUCGAGGAGUGAAACUAACUUCAGCCCAGUGAAGGCCAACCCAAGCAAAAAGCCCAUCCUGUCUCUGCCAUCACGGAGGCUGAAUAAAGAGCAGGCGGCUGUUCUGAGUGCUGUGCUGACUGGGAAGAACGUCUUCUUCACUGGAAGUGCAGGUACAGGAAAGUCCUUCCUACUGAAGAGAAUCAUGGGGUCUCUUCCUCCAAAGAGCACCUUCGCCACCGCCAGCACAGGAGUGGCCGCGUGUCACAUCGGAGGAACGACGUUACACAACUUUGCUGGUAUCGGCUCCGGCUCGGCCCCGCUGGAGCAGUGCAUCGAGCUGGCUCAGAGGCCCGGGGUGCUGCAGCACUGGACCAGCUGUCGACACCUCAUCAUUGAUGAGGUCUCCAUGGUGGAGGCUCAGUUCUUUGACAAGCUUGAGGCAGUGGCCAGGUCGGUGAGGAGGUCGACUCAGCCGUUUGGAGGCAUCCAGCUGAUCGUGUGUGGCGACUUCCUCCAGCUGCCUCCUGUUUCUAAGGGGAAGGAAAAGGCCAGCUUCUGCUUCCAGGCUAGGAGUUGGCGUAAGGUCAUCCAGGUCAACAUGGAGCUAAUGGAGGUGCGGAGGCAAACUGACCAGUCAUUCAUCUCCCUCCUGCAGGCAGUGAGGGUGGGCAGGGUGACAGAGGAAGUCACCGCUAAGCUGAUGGAAAGCGCCUACCAUAACAUCGAGAGGGACGGUAUUCUAGCGACCAGGCUGUGCACGCACAAGGACGACGUGGAGCUCACAAAUGAGAACAAACUCCAGCAGCUGCCGGGGUCAGUGCGUGCGUUUGAGGCUCUGGACAGCGACCCAGCCCUGGUGAGGACGAUAGAUGCUCACAGUCCUGUCAGCAGGCUGAUCCAGCUCAAAGUGGGAGCUCAGGUCAUGCUAACAAAGAACCUGGAUGUUGCCCGAGGACUGGUGAACGGAGCACGAGGGGUUGUGGUGUCUUUUGAGACUGGAAAACAUGGACUCCCACGUGUGCGUUUCCUGUGUGGUGUCACAGAGGUGCUGAAGCCCGAGCGCUGGGUGUUUAAGUCCGGCGGUGGGAUCCACCUGAGUCGACAACAGCUGCCACUCAAGCUGGCCUGGGCCAUCUCCAUCCACAAGAGCCAGGGAAUGACUCUGGACUGUGUGGAGAUCUCUCUGGCGCGGGUGUUUGAGAGCGGCCAGGCCUACGUGGCCUUGUCUCGGGCUCGGAGCCUGGAGGGUCUGCGGGUGAUGGACUUUGACCCCCGCGUGGUCAGGGCGGAUCCAGAUGUUCUCGUCUUCUACAGCAGACUAAGGAAGGAGAGGCUGCUCAUGCAGGCCUCCAUGGAUGAUUAUCUUGGCGGCAGCAACAAAGAAAACUCCUGGUGAGAAGAUGAAUUCAUCCACAUCUCCUGUGACAUUAUGCACUGUGUGCAUGUUUUAUCUGCAUGAUAUCAUCAUGUUUUAUUCCUCAUGAGACAAUUUGUUUUUUAAAUGACUGCAACAAUCACAGACAUCAGCGAUCACAGUCUACCUCACGGUUUUAACUGGCAGCACUUUAAGUCACACUGCCCCCUCCUGGCCAUUUUUAAUAGCUUCUUUUUUAUGCCUUGAUUUUUAAUUUAUUAUCAUGAUUGUGGCAUGUGUUUCAAUAAAGUUUUAGUCAAUUUA